AUGGAGGAAGUUGACCUUCACGAUCUUGUUCAGCUCCAUUUUACCACCGAGGAGUUUGGUGUCAUGCCUCCAAAGGGUGAAUUGCGAAGUCGAGAAGUCAGUCGUUCCUUUGAUAUAAUGGAACGGUCAUUAAAAUUGGUAGACCGGCAAUAUGAGAUCGGCCUUUUGUGGGACUCUGAUGACGUAAAACUGUCUGACAGUUACGAUGUGGCUUUUAAACGUCUUAUUGGGUUGGAGAAGUCCUUAAGGAAGAAGCCUCAUCUACUGGAAUGGCAAAACAAUUAUUUUCGUGAUUUGAUCUCUAAGGGUUAUGCUAGAAUAGCCUCGAAGGAAGACCUGGAGAAGGAUUGGCCUCGGGUUUGGUACGCGCCAACCUUUAUAAUUGUAAAUCCAAAUAAGUUUCCACCAAAACCCAGAUGUGUGGCAGAUGUGGCUGCAAAAGUCAAUGGUAUAUCGUUAAAUACCCACUUGAUGAAGGGCCCAGACAACCUAGUCCCAUUACAUGCUGGACUUUUCAAAUUCAGGGAACGGCAAGUAGCUGUGAACGCCGAUGUGCGUGAGAUGUUCCACAGAAUCCGAAUAAAGUCUGAAGACCAGCAGUGCCAACGCAUUCUAUGGCGGGAAGGAGACACCUCUAGGCAACCGACUGUUUACAUCAUGGAGGUCAUGAUGUUUGGCCCUAGAUGUUCUCCAACAUGCGCGCAGUAUGUUAAAAAUCACCAUGCCAACCUUUUCAAACUUGAGUGCCCAGAAGCCGUGGAUGGAUUGACUAAACGCACGUACGUCGAUGACUAUUUCAAUAGCCAUAACUCAGUUGAAGAAGCUAUUUCUGUUACGAGAGAUGCUAUUCGUAUUUGCCACACUAUGAAUUUUGAUCUCGUUGGCAUACAAUCAAAUAGUCGUGGCCUUUUGGACCAGAUGCCGAAGGGUUAUGUCAAUUCUAAGUUGGUAAGCAUUGAUCCUAACGAAAGCGAUAGUUUCUUUUCUAAAGUUCUAGGUAUGUUUUGGCAUCCAUCCACUGAUCACUUCUCAUACAAACUUUCGGAUGAGGAGACAAUGAAAGAAAUGUUAGCCGAGGAUGCUGUUAUUUCAAAACGACAGAUGCUUAAGACCAUAAUGAAGAUUUUCGAUCCUCUGGGUAUUGUAUCAUUGUUCAUCAUCCGUGGACGGAUUAUACUUCAAGAAGUAUGGAGAGAAGGGUAUGAUUGGGACGAGCCAGUGUCACUUCAUUUGCGAAGCUUGUGGUUGAGCUUUAUAAAUGAUCUAAAGCAAAUCGAAAAUAUCAGAAUUCCUCGACGCUACGUAAUGUGGAACCCUGACGAUUGUAAAGUAAGUCUCAUAGUUUUCGUCGAUGCGUCAGAAAAGGCUUUUGCCGCAGUGGCCUACUUUCGUUUUGCUCGCAAUGAUGAUGUUAAAGUUGCACAGGUCAUGGCGAAGGCCAAAGUUGCACCUGUAAAACAAUUAUCGAUACCUCGUUUGGAGUUACAGGCUGCUGUGCUGGGUGUUCGAUUGGCAGCCACCAUUCAGGAGUCACAUACUAUUAGAAUUGACGAGUUGUUGUUUUUAUCUGAUUCGAAGACUGUGCUUGCAUGGAUCAAUUGCACCAGUAAAUUACCCUCCUUCGUUGCAUCUCGAGUAGGUGAAAUUCUAGAGUCCACUUCUUCGCGUCAGUGGUUUCAUAUCGGCUCUAAAGAUAACGUGGCCGAUGAUGGGACAAAACGAUUUGAGGCAUCAAUGGGAGAUCAAAAUACAAGAUGGUUCCAAGGUCCAGAUUUCCUAAAACUCUCAUUCAAGGAAUGGCCCAUCACACCUUGCAUAACUGCGUCCAAUUCUGUGAGAAAUAAUAGUAAAGGCACCUUAUUAUUGCUCCACGUUUAUAAUCGAAAAAGUUACUAUGGUGCAUAUAAUUUGUUAUCCGCCAGAUUUCAAGCCAGAUGGUCUUCCUCCGUCAGAGUCAUUGCAUUUUUGCUACGGUUCAAACGAAUCCUUCAGAGAAAGAAAACCGAUAGAGAAGUUUUUGUUACGCCUAGUGAGUUUCGUCAAGCCGAAGACUGGUUAUUUAGGAAGAUCCAAGAAGAGUCUUUCUCUAGUGAUAUCACUUUUCUUAGGUCAAGUGGUAAGGUCGGCUCUUCAAGCUCUAUCCUCAGUUUGUCGCCGUUUCUUGACGAGGAUGGUACAUUACGACUUAGUUCGAGGGCUCAAAAGGCAAAUUCUUCGUAUUCAUCCCGAAAUCCAGCAAUACUACCCAGCAGACAUCCACUGGUCAACUUGUUCAUCGAUUAUCAUCAUCAAAAGAACUGUCAUAUGGGAACUGCCACUGUUAUUUCUGACAUUCGUGAAAGCGCCUGGAUAAUCAGCAUUCGAGGAGCCGUUGAGAGAGUGCGAAAGGCAUGUUUUAUGUGCAAACGCCUCAAGGCAAGAGCGGCUGUGCCGCUAAUGGGGCAGCUUCCCAAAGCUCGCUUAGCCUUUGACUCCAGACCUUUUACUCAUGUUGGAGUAGAUUGUUUCGGCCCUUUGUUGGUAAAAUUUGGUAGAGGUACUGUAAAACGCUACGGUAUGAUUUUCACCUGCCUUACAUUCAGAGCAGUGCAGAUAGAGUUGUUGAACGACCUAAGUUUGGACCAAUGUACGAUGGCUGUUAGACGUUUCCUUAUUAACCGAGUUGUCACCAGAUAUUUCUAUAGUGAUAACGGUCUUAACUUUGUGGGUACAAAAAAUUUAUUGGAUAAGGAUGCUAAAGAGAUGGAAGUCUCCCUCUGUGAAUAUUCGUCAAGGCAGGAGGGUGUUUUAUGGCGCUUUAUCCCGGCCUAUUCUCCAUGGAUGGGCGGGGCUUGGGAACGUCUUAUCCAGUCUAUCAAAAGGAGCAUCGAUUUCGUCCUUAAAGGUCUCGUUCCUAGAGAAGAUGUUUUGCGAAACGCCCUCAUGGAGGCUCAGGGCCAGAUAAACCGACGCCCGCUAACACACAUUCCGGUUGAUCCUGAAGACCCGAAACCUCUUACUCCGAACUCUAUGCUCUUCGGGGAAGAUGAUCGAGACGUUACGGCCCCUGGAAUAUUCUCGGAAGCAGAUUUUUGCAGCAAACUUUAUAGUCGCCGAUGCCAGCACUUGAUGGCUCAGCUAGUAAGGCGCUGGUACCGCGAAUAUCUGCCUGUUAUCACCAGACGGUCAAAGUGGUUUAAAGACACGAAACCGGUUCAGAUGGGAGACAUCGUAAUCGUAAUCGAACCCAACGAAAUACGUUCAGCCUGGCAUUUAGGUCGUGUCAUUGAGGUUUAUCCGGGACCAGAUGGAGUUGCACGAAUGGCUGACGUGAAACUAUCUAACGGAGUUAUAAAAUAUAAGCGUUCUAUUGGGAGACUCGCUGUGUUGGACUUGGAGUCUUCAUCCUAG